AUGGCAAGUUGGACUGGAUGGCAUCAUUCUAGCAGGUGCUCUGCUCUAAUUGAAGCAAGGAGGAGGAAGUUUCUUGAGCUUCACCCAGAAUCAGCCACCAACGAUGACCCGGUUGUGUUUAGGAGCUCCAUCAUACCAUGGUGGGCAUGGAUGAUGAGAUCCUAUCUCCCGGAGGCUGAGCUGAUCAAUGGUCGAGCGGCAAUGGUUGGGUUCUUCAUGGCAUAUGUUGUAGAUGCUUUGACAGGGCUCGGUGUUGUAGGACAAACUGGCAACUUCAUAUGCAAGGCAGGGUUCUUUGUGGCAGUCAUUGCUAUAAUAUUCGUCAGGCAAACCCAAGAUUUUGAGAACUUAAAGAAGCUAGCUGAUGAAGCUACUUUCUAUGACAAGCAAUGGCAAGCUUCGUGGAUAGAUCGAAAUGCAACAAGUGGUUCUUUAGAUCAAACUGGAAAGAAAAUUUAA